CUGACCACGACAGUUGCUUGACGAGGACAGACAUUUUUGACAUUUUUACAUAUUGCCUGUAGUUUGGAUUAGACUUGAAAGGAACAAACUACAAAGGCUGAAGAAAUGAGUCCAGUUCUGGUGAUCCUACUGUUGUCUGCAUCGCUGCUGUCUCCUGGUGAUGGUGGAAAAGUGUUGGUUUUCCCAGUGGAUGGAAGUCACUGGCUGAACAUGAAAAUACUUUUGGAGGCGUUACAUUCUAGGGGGCAUGAAAUAACGGUGUUCCGCUCCUCAACCAGCUGGUACAUUUCUGAAUUUUCACCCCUUUACACGUCCAUCACGAUUGCCCAGGAGCAGCCCGAAAACAUCGAGAGUCAAAAAGUCAUGACGUCCUUCCUGGAGAGGUCUAUGGAAAUCCGUCGAAAUGAAGGAACAUUGUGGGCUUUUUUUCAGUUUUACAGGAAUCUGUUUAAUCUUUUUGGAGGUGUAGGAAAGAACGGUGCAGUAAAAAUGGUCAUCAGUAUCUUUGAGAAUGAGACUCUGAUAAAGCAGCUAAAUGAAACUGGAUAUGAUCUUUUCCUGACGGACCCGGCGUUCCCAGGAGGAGUGCUGCUGGCGCACUAUCUCAAGCUUCCUUUGGUGUUGAACGUACGCUGGCUUCCCGGUGGAGAGGGUCACUUUGCUAUCGCUCCUUCUCCUCUGUCCUACAUUCCUGCUGUGUUCUCCCAUUUAUCUGACAAAAUGCACUUUUUACAAAGACUCCAUAAUAUUAUCUUCCACAUCAUGAUGAUCUACAAGCAAUACUAUGUUUCUGGUCCAAAAUACCAAGAUAUAUGUGAUAAAUACUUUGAAGAUAAUGUGGAUACCUUGUCUCUGACACAGGGUGCAGAUCUCUGGCUAAUGCGGGUUGAUUUUACCUUUGACUUCCCUCGCCCCACCAUGCCCAACGUCAUCUACAUUGGAGGCUUCCAAGGAAAACCAUCCAAGCCUUUGUCAACUGAAUUAGAGGCAUUUGUGCAGAGCUCUGGUGAACAUGGAGUAAUUGUGAUGACUCUCGGCACUCUGCUGAGCGACCUUGGUCCUGAGGUGUCAGAAACCUUCGCGUCAGCGUUUGCCGGCCUCCCCCAGAAAGUUUUGUGGAGACAUAUUGGUAAACAACCAGCUGCUUUAGGGAACAACACUAUGCUGGUUGAAUGGUUGCCUCAGAACGACAUCCUUGGCCAUCCUAAAACUAAGGUUUUCAUCACACAUGGGGGCACCAAUGGCAUCUACGAGGCCAUCUACCACGGCGUACCAGUUCUAGGCAUUCCACUUAUCUUGGACCAGUACGACAACAUCAUCCGACUGAAGGCACGAGGUGUGGCUGAGAUAGUCGACGUGACAAAAAUGACUGCUAACUCUCUGAAAAGUGCUCUGAAGUCCAUUUUAGACCCAGAAAAACCCUACAAGCAGAAUAUGGUCAAACUAUCACAGCUUCAUCAUGACAAACCAAUGAAACCCAUUGACAGUGCUAUAUUCUGGAUCGAACAUGUCAUGAGGCACCGGGGUGCGCCACACUUGCGCUCCGAGUCUUAUAAGAUGCCCUGGUAUGCCUUCCACUGCCUAGAUGUGAUGGCAUUCUGUUUAGCAAUUGUGUUGCUUAUCAUUUUGUUGAUCUGGGUUUCCUGUAGAACCUGCAUUAGAUGUUUGAUAAGAAACAGGAAGUCUAAGGUUGAAUAGAGGGAGUGAUAAUACAUUUUGUUGUUGUAGGUAAGCAAGAGCAAAAAUUUAUAGGGUAUUACCAUUUACAAUUACUUGAGAAUACUAUCAUGAACCACAUAUUAUUGUUUGUUCUCCAAACAAUAAUAUGGUGGAAAAAAGGUUUAAACUCAAUAAACAGCACGGUAUAUACCUGAUAAGCAAGACUAUUGUUCAUACUGCAGACAAAACAAUUUUGAAGGCAUAUGACUCUAACUAAAAUAAUCAGAUAUAAAUAUUUCAAGUAUCUUAAUUACUUUUCUUAUCUCAUUAUAAAAUAUAGUAUAUUUCCUCUAAUUCAGAUUCUAACAUACUAAUAUAUGCAUAAGUCAGAAGAGGACUAAUUGAAUAAAUUGAAGUUCAUAAGUUGUACAAGGUUUUAUUAUUCUGUUGUUUCACUAUUUUAGUGAAACAUUGAAAUGGAUCUGGCGUCAUUUUAAAUUUAUCACUUACAUUUUCUUUUGCAUCUAUCAACAUAAGAAAAGAGAAAACAAAACAUAAAAACUUUACAAGAAAAAAUAUUAGUAUCAACUAAGGAAUUAUUGACUAAUUCCAUAAUAGUGACAAGAUGGCCUCACUAUGAAUGUCCACCAUCAGUUUCAAUUACUUUGAAUAUUUUUUUGUUCUUUGAUUUUUCCUGAGUUUCACUGAGUUCAAUUAACUUCCCAAUUGUUCUGAGUAUUUUACAUAAUUACACCCCCUGUUUGUCCCGUUUUAUAUCUUAAAUAAGGUCUGAAAAUGAAGCAAUAAGCAAGUUGAAAACAAUCCAGUUUAUAGUUAGAAAUGAAGUUAUUCUAAAACAAAAACGAUACAAUAACAUUAUAUAAUUAGGACAAAGAUAAGCUCUCAAAAGGUCGUUGCCAUGUAAUACUGAGCAAUGCUUUGUGUUUAAACCGAACUAAAACCAGUUGAAACCUCGCGUCCAUUCAUGAGGUUCGUUUUGACCUUUCUUCAAGUUGGAUUGAGUCUUUACUGCCAUCUGGUGGCAGUAAAAAUCAUUGCAUUCAUCUGGCGUUUACAUGUACAUUUGUUGAUUUUUAAGCACUUGUUAAUUAAAUGGACUGUCCUCAGAUGUAUAUGUAUGUUCAUAUGCAUUCACCUGUGUUUGCCCAAGAAAUUCAGAUUCUGUUGUGAAUGCAAUGCGGUUUUUACAUUGACAUUACAAACAAAGAGGUUGGGCUUUUUCACACAGUCACACAAACAGUUGAUCAAUAAACAUCCCCACAAGAUGUUCUGGAAUCUUCUGUGGACAUGCACUUACCUAGACAUUAUAAACCCGCUUCACAGGCAGUUGAUAACACAGACAGUUAAUGAUCAAAGCAACCAAUGACAAAAGAAGCUCAUAACGCAAGAAUGUGCAAACAUUUCUGACCCCCAAGAAAACAUCUGGAAAAACAGUUAAGAGUAUACCACAAAAGAAAGGAGUCAAGAAAACAGCAUACAGAAUACUAAUAUAAAAACAUAAACUUUCAAAUACAUGAACUUAGAUAAUUUUCCUAACAAAGGCAUCUUCAAUCAGAAAACAAUACUGUGAUUAACUUAUUGACAGCUGGUAAGAUGUCAUGGAAACACCAAGCAGGGAGCCAGCAGAAAAAGAUCAGAAAAUAUAAAGUCUACAUAGCUCUACAUUUGCUGUGAAGGCAUUUUCACCCAUUCUGAUAAGCUAAAACAUGAGCAAUAUUGUCACAAAAUUUGAAUAGAAAUGUCCUAAUAAAAAGGAAUAAGCUGAUGAAGAUCAAUAGUAACCAUAAACACAAUUUCUACUCCUGCAAAGGGAUUUUUUGAUCAAGAAUAAUGACUAAUUAUCCUUUAAAGUAUUGCAUCAAAUAUAGAGACUAUUUGAAACAAUGAAAUUAGUUACAUUUUCAAUAUACUUUUUGACAAUAUAGCUGAAAAUAAUGCAACCACCUUUCACUUUAAAUCUUUAUAGAAAAUAAAAUAAAAUCACCUGAGAUUGAUAUACAUAAAUUCAUAUGUGUAUUAAUAGAUUUAGUUUAUAAAAAAAUAAAUGUUCAUUUAAUUGUGUUAAUAUUAGAUCUAAAAUUUUUGUUUGUCUACCGAUCGUGUCUCGAUUGGUUUUGUCUGAAUCACUGGAACGCGUUACUUCUGUUCUUCCAUAAAAACAAUCGAAGCGACAGGAGUGACGUCGCGUCUGUUUUCAUUACAGGUAAAAUUAUGACUUAUAAGGUUUAUAGCUGUAUUUGUGUUGAUUAUGUUGGCCGAAUGAGCAGGGAGUGUUUGUGUUGUCUGCGAUAACUUGAGUUUUAUUGACCCUCCUGUUAUGUUCUGGGUCAAAUUGACCCUUUUCAAAGUUUAAAAAUCUUUUUAAAAUAGUUAGAAGCUUUUUUUGUUUGUUUGUUUUGUUUUUUGCAUGAAACGUUUUCUAUUUGUCUUAAUAGGUGCACUCUACAUAGAAAUUGAAAAUGCAUUCAUUUGACACAUUUCCACCAGCCCCUGCUUUUACUUUUUACACAGUUCGGGUCAAUUUAACCAGGCUUCAAAAAAAAAAAAAUGAAAAAAAUGUCCAGUUCUGUAUGUUUUCUUGCAGCUAUGAACCAUAUUUCACCACACACACAUACACAACACACCACACACACACAUGCACACCCGGACACACACGAGCCCAUUUCUCACUUUUCUCUUUACUUCACUAGAAAACCGCAAGAAAGCAGGUGUUCAUACAACUUUUGACAGGAAUCUUUUCUAUUUCUGUUCCUGUGGAUAAACUCCACCCACACUGAGUGGACUCUCAGCAGAAUGGAGGGAAACACUCUCUGCAAGACUCACUUAUCUUGAUUUUAAUCAGCGGGUCAAUUUGACCCUGAAUAGUACGUGUGUCUCAAGUUCAAUUGUAAAGAUCACGCAUUGAAAAAAAUUAAAUAAAAUGUAAUAUUUAAAAAAUUGACCAAAAAUCAAUUUCAAGGAAAUUAUUGUUUUUUUGUGUGUCUAGGUAUUUUUUUCAGUGGACAUAAAAAAUUUUAAUUCCAUUUUUCAUGUCCAAAUGAGUAAAUGAGUGGGUUGUUGUCAUUGUUCCUUAAUUUCUGAGAAAUAAUAAAAAAAACAUCAUUACACAAAUAUUCGUUGAAAUUGUUAGUAUUGAAGUUAAUAAUCAAAUAUAAAAAUGUUUUGGAGGAAUUCUUUGAUUUCUAACACUAUUGCAUGAUUAAAAACUCCCUGGAUCAAAUUCACCCAGGAACAUUAUUGCUCUACCCCAGAAACGAACAUAACAGGAGUUAAUAAUUAUACUCACAUUAGCUGUCAGGCAAGCUGCGUCCGGUGCUACGUGUCUUAUUACUAUAUGGAGAUAACCACAAUGUUUGUGUACAAUGUUCAGCACUCAGUAUGUGACUAUGUAAUGUUUAAAACUGUUCUUGGAAACACAUUACAACACUGGAAGCGAAAGGA